UCUAAAAUGUAUACAUUAUGUGUAUCUUUUUAAUAGAGUGAAUAUUUAAAUUUAAACAAUCACUACCGUAUGUACAUUCUGAUAUUUCUAGAUAAAUCUUUUUCAUCACAAUAGCUAGUUGACUUUAGUAUACAAUUUAUGACAUAAGAAAAUGAAUAUCGACGAAGCAUUCCAUCAAUUGGGGAAGUGGGGACGUUACCAAACAGUGAUUUUUAUCAUUGUGAUGGCCGCUUCUUUGCCAAAUGCUUUUACGGGGUUGCAGUUUGCCAUCAUCCAUUUCCAACCAAGCCAUCGAUGUAGAUUAUCUGAUGAAAUUGAAAACAUAUUGAAAAACAACUCAAACAGUAAUGAAAAUCUGUUCGACUUUUUUAUACCUAUGGAACCCGAUAAUUAUGGAAAGGUAAGUAAAAGUAAUUGCCACAUGUAUCACAGAAAUUAUUCUAAGGCAUUGUCUCUCAUAAACUUCAAUGAAUCUGUUGACAUCAUACCAUGUACGAAAGGAUAUAUAUUUGAUAUGUUGCCGAAUCAUGAUACUUCAGUUACUGAGUUUGAAAUGGUUUGCAACAAUGAUUGGAAAGCACCUUUAGCAAUUACAGUUUUUCAAUCGGGAGUGGCAAGUGGAUCAAUAGUUGGCAUACUUGCUGACAGGUAUGGUAGACGGCCAGUUUACUUGUUUGCGUCUUUGGCCCAGAUAAUAUCCAUGGGUGUUACGGCUGCUUCUUGGGAUUUCUAUUCAUAUUUGGUUGCUGUUUAUUUUGUUGGGAUGACAGGACUCAUCAAUUUUGUUGUUGCUUUUGUACUAGUGACCGAAGUUAUUUCGAUUGAGUCAAGAAAUUUUAUGGCCGUUAGUUCAAUGUAUUCAUUUUCCAUUGGAUAUGCUAUUGUUCCCUUGAUUGGAUAUUAUGCGCAAAACUGGCGUACUUACAAUUGGGUAUCCAUGGUACUCAGUGUCUUUCUAUAUCUACCGGGCUACUGGUUGUUUCCCGAAUCACCACGUUGGCUAUCAACAGUUGGUAGAACAAAUGCUGCAAUCGCAGGACUGAACAAAAUGGCAAAGAUGAACCGAAAGAAGGUUAAUUUCGAAAGAUUGAGAAAAACACAUACAGCUGUUUCUCGUGAAAUAACGGCAUCACCCUCAGGGCUAAUAGAGACGCUUCGCAUAAUUUUCAAAUCUACAUUAACCUACAGAUACCUGUCUGUUUUUUUUGCAUGGUUCGUGACAGGUCUCGUUUACUAUGCAAUAGCGUUCCACUCAAAAAGCUUCAGUGAUGAUCGCUACCUGAAUAUAUUGUAUUGCGCAUUUGCUGACUUUCCUGCAUAUCUUUGUGGUUAUUAUGCUGUUAACAUGAUCGGUCGCCCUAGAUCCACUAUCUUUUUUUUGCUAACUUGUGGAGUUUUCACCAUUAUUUUACCAUAUUUGCCCGAAGAACUAUCCACGCUCAGAACAAUAAUCUCAAUAAUCGGGAAAGGUGCCGUAAGCGCAGUAUUUUAUAUCAUCUUCUUGAGCACGUCCGAAAUAGCUCCCACUCCACAGAGAAGUGCAUCGAUGAGCAUAGCAUCCUUCUGUAGUCGUGUUGGGGCGUUUAUCGCACCAUUUGUAAUGUUUCUGAGUAAAAUUGAAUACUCCAUACCUUAUUGGAUAAUGGGUGGGAUAACUAUUUUGAGUGGAAUAAUUGUUAUUAUUUGCAUUCCGGAAACACUCGGAGUGAAAAUGCCAGAUACAGUCCAGCAAGCUGAGAAUAACAAAAGAUUCUAUGGUUUCAAUAUAUUUAAAAAAUUCACGCCAACUACACAUCGUAAUCGAAGGGAUGAUAACUAUCUGAUGAAAGAAUUGACAACUUCGUAA